UAACGCUCUCCUCACGUCUCCUUUUUCCUGAAUGCACCAAACAAUCAACGUUAUGAUGAUACUGACUACAUAAUCUUUACCAAAAAAAAAAGAAAAAUCCCCUUCUUUUUGGUCGGUUGAAUCUCUUCCAAAUUGUCACUUUCUCACGUACAGAUUUCAUUCAUAAUUUAUUUAUUUUAAAGAAUCAGCUAUUAUUUGAUAGAUCUGGUGUAAAAUUCAUUUGCCAAGAAUUUGAUUUUAAGGAUCACGAAUGGUUGAUUAAGCUGCUGUUGGCUAAAUUAUCAAGUAUGAUUCUGAAUUCAUAGAAGUUUGUUCUUUUUUGCGUGUUUUUUUAGGGCUUCUACCGGCGUUGUAUGGGAGAAAGGUUUAAUUUUUAUUGGUUUUGGUGGGAAGCCCAAUGAGAAAUCGAUGAAAUGAAAGAGGAGAAGAAUCAAUGGAUAUGACAAGAGCAAUCGUAAGGAUUUUGGUGGUUUUGUUUUGUAUUUUCGGGACAACAUGUGCUCAAGGAAGAAAAGGAAGCAAUUCUGAAUUUCUAUCGACUGAUGAAGAUUCUUCUUCCUCGUACUUGGAUGAAGAUACGGUGGAGAACUUAUGGAUCAAUUGUAGGCUACAUAAGAUGCAAAUGCAGGAAACGUAUGAUAGGUUUGACUUUUGUUUUCCUGAAGAUUUUCCAAUUGGCUCAGACUCCGGAAACCAGGUUCUAACGAAACAGAACCUACACAAAGCUAUCAGUCUCCUGCCACUCGAAAUGAAACAGGAUCUUUUGGAUUGUUUGCAAAAGCAUAGUAAUGCAUGUCAAAUCUCUGGAGAAGAGGAUGACUCCGACACUUGGUACACUAAAUAUCUACAACCUGUUCUCGAGUGGUCUGCUGCUUCAAGACGAUUCUUGGCUGCUGAUUCACUUGUAAUAGGAGCUUCAGCUGCACCUUCUCCUUCUCCAGGUGUUCAGUCUUCACACAGCGGUCCAUCGAGGUCUCCUGGUCACUCCUCGGCAAAACAAAUUGUCUCACCUUCCAGUUCGAAUGCGCAGCAUUCAGAUGGUGCACAUUCUCCUAAGAAACCACAAAGCAAAUCGAGUUCUUCCUCAAAAAAACAGAAUAAUCAAAAAUCUAUUGCUGCUGCUGUUUCUGUUACGGCAGCAACAACAUUCAUCUUUGCUGCGCUCCUCUUUUGUUGCUAUCAAAAAUGUAGGAAGAGUUACUCAGGAGAUGGACUGAAAGAUGAUCGUCCCCUUUUGACUUUAAGCUUAAGCGAUUUCUCUGUUGGUUCCUCACAGAAGUCUUCUACUUAUGUCAAAAAGGAUAAGUUUGGAAGUCUAUCUUCUGGGAAUCGACAUGGAAGGUCUUCAUCUAUGGAUAGCAAUUUGUCCAUAGAUUCUGAUACUCUUAAUACGGACGCUCCCUUAUCAGGAUAUACUGCAUCUGGUGGCACCGUACCAUCUCACUCACAUUUGAAGCCACCUCCUGGGAGGGUUGUUCCUCCUCCUCCUGGGAGUGCUCUUCCACCUCCUCCUGGGAGACCUAGUCCACCUCUUCCUGGUAAUGCUGUUCCUCCAUCAACUGGAAAACCACCUCCUGGGCCACCACCACCACCUCCACGAGCAACACCACCUCCUGGACCACCACCGCCGCCGCCACCUAAAGCAUCAGGUCUCAAACCUGGUUCUUGUCCACCGCCACCUCCAAUAAGUACUGGACCUCGUCCACGACCAUCUGGCGUUACCAAAGUGCCUGAACCUCCUUCCAAAGAGUAUGGUGUACAGGAUGAGUCUGAAGCUCCAAAGACGAAGCUAAAGCCCUUCUUCUGGGACAAAGUUCUCGCAAACCCUGACCAUUCAAUGGUCUGGCAUCAGAUUAAUUCUGGGUCAUUCCAGUUUAAUGAAGAGAUGAUAGAAAACCUCUUUGGUUACAAUGCUACUGAGAAGAGCAAAAAUGAUCGCAAGAAAGAGUUGGCAGCCCAAGAUCCGGCUACGCAGUUUAUUCAGAUUAUUGAUCCUAAGAAGGCACAAAAUUUGUCAAUUCUUCUCCGAGCAUUGAAUGUAACAACUGAAGAAGUAUGUGAUGCACUUACUCAAGGAAAUGAGCUUCCUGUGGAACUCCUUCAAACCUUGUUGAAGAUGGCACCAACAGCAGAUGAAGAACUAAAGCUUAGGCUUUUCAAUGGCGAGAUUUCCCAACUGGGACCUGCAGAGCGGUUCCUUAAGGUCUUGGUAGAAAUCCCGUUUGCUUUUAAGAGAAUGGACUCAUUGCUUUUCAUGAUAUCUCUUGAAGAGGAAGUCACAGGAGUCAAAGAGUCCUUGGAAACUUUAGAGAUAGCUUGCACGGAACUAAGGAAUUGCAGGCUAUUUCUCAAACUCUUAGAAGCCGUUCUCAAAACUGGCAACCGGAUGAAUGAUGGUACUUUCCGUGGUCGUGCACAGGCCUUCAAACUUGACACACUCCUGAAACUGUCUGAUGUCAAGGGAACAGAUGGUAAGACCACGCUCUUGCAGUUCGUUGUCCAAGAGAUAAUUCGGUCCGAAGGUCGAAGGGCUAUGCGUGCAACACGCGAGAGCCUGAGCACGAGCAGUGUGCAGUCAGAAGAUCUCAUGGAGGAUGAGUCCCCCGUCACAGUAGAAAAAUACCGCAGCCGAGGUUUACAGGUGGUUUCGGGGUUGUCUAAUGAGCUCGAGAACGUUAAGAAGGCAGCAGUGCUGGAUGCUGAUGGCAUAACAAACACGGUUCUUAAACUCGGAAUGGCAUUGUCUAGAAGCAAGGAGUUCCUGAGCAAAGAAUUGAAAGACUUUAACGAUGAUGCUGGGUUCCUUCAGUCCCUCCAGAGUUUCAUAAAAAAUGCUGAGGGAGAGGUAACUUGGCUGGUGGAGGAAGAAAAAAGAAUCAUGGCCAAGGUGAAGAGUACUGCAGAUUACUUUCAUGGUCAUGCAGGAAAGGACGAGGGAUUGCGGUUGUUUGUGAUUGUUCGAGAUUUCCUGAUAAUGUUAGAUAAGUCGUGCAAAGACGUGAAAGAGACAUCGAAUUACAGGCAGUCAAGAAUGCAAAUGAAUAAGGAUUCUCCAAGUCCAAGUCCACGAACUCAACCUAGUCCAGAUCUACAACAACGGUUCUUUCCUGCAAUUACAGAACGGCGGAUGAACAACUCCAGUUCUGAUGAAGAUGACUGAUGUCUUUACUUAGUAUGCCACCAGCAGCAGGUAUGUUUAUUGGCUCUCCGUUCAGAAGGAAUCUGUUUCAUCCCUACACUGGUUAUUCUCCUUAUACAUGCAACACAGUGUCUGCCCAAAGAUUAAUUAGUUCAGAAUUUUGUUCAGAGGUGGCUCUUGUAAAAUUGGUUAGCGUAAAUUAUGCCGGAUGCGGGUGAGGGAGGGUUAUAAGUCUCUCAAAAAUGCUUUGCUGUGCAGAGGUUUAUGUAGAAUAUUUUUCUUUUUACAUCCCUGUGGUUCAAUUUUUGUAGAUUUUUAUGUAGUUGAUUAUAAUUUAUUGUAGAUCUUUUCAAGUUAAAGGGGAUGAGAAUUCACAACAUAGUAUAUGUUUCA